UAUCCAUAAAUAAUAAAAUUACUCUUGUAUUUGUUUAUGCGCCGGAACACAAGCUGGCAACAUUAAGAAAACAACUCUUCCUUCCUUUUUACCUCUUCCACGUGAGAGUACGUCUUUCCACUUAUUAAAAUUGUUAAAUUAUAUUCUCGGUCACAAAUAAACGCAGUGCAGUAUAUAAAGUUUUAUUUUAUUGUUCCGGAUGGCCCGGGGACACACCAAAUUUGGCGACGGCAAGUAAAAAACUGUAUUUACAAUUUUUGCCAUGACGGCAUAUGGAGUCAUAAAACCAUUUCAAGAUGGUGACGACAUUGAAUGUUUUUUGGAAAGACUGGAGCAAUAUUUCUACGCCAACAACAUUUCAAAAGAACUUCGGACGUCAGUUUUACUAACAAUGAUUGACGAAAAAGUUUACAAAGUCAUUAAAAGUACAUUGCAUCCGGAGCUGCCUAAAACGAAAACACUUGUGGAAUUACAAACAGCGUUACGCCUGAGAUACAAAACCAGAAUAUCUCAUUUUAGAAAAAGGACAGCAUUUGACAAAUUACAACAAGAAGAUGGAGAAACCAUCACUAAAUGGCAUGAGAAGUGGGCCUAUUUUUGAAAGGCUGUGUGAAGAACCUAUUACUAAGAAGUUGGCUGAUUUGUUGGACAUAGCAUUGAAUAAGGAAGCAGUAUUACAUGAAAGACAAGCACCAGUGCAUCGGGUCACUAAAUCUACCAAGUCCACAAUUUCACAAAGUUCCAAGUCUCAAGGUGAGAAACAAAAAAGCACUGAAACAUUAUUGACAUGUAUCCAUUGUGGAAAAUCCAAUCAUUCUUUUGCAAAAUGUAAAUAUAAGAAAUAUACUUGCAAACUGUGUAAAAAGGUUGGACAUUUAGCUUCAGUAUGUAAAGCCAAGGCGGCAAAUACAAACAACUUGGAGGUGGAGGAGGAGAUUAUUGAUAUUUUCACAAUGAUGCCGGAAUUACAGGUGCCAUCGUUAAAUUACAUUUCUCCAUUCAUAGUGCAGUGUGAAAUUAACUCUAAAUUAAUUGAUAUGGAGCUGGACACAGGUGCGGCAGUGUCAUGUGUGCCAGAAAGUGUUUACAAGCAAAAAUUUAAAAAUAUAGAUUUGAACUCAACACAUUUAAAAUUAAAAACAUAUAGCGGUCAGGUAAUACAACCUAUUGGUGAAAUUUUUGUUCCUAUUAAGUAUAAAGAUAAGAAAUAUAAUUGUAAAUUGUUAGUUGUUUCAAAUGGUUGCAGAUGCCUGUUUGGCCGGGAUCUGGUACAAAAGUUUAAUUUAGAUAUUAAAAAUUGUUUAUCUGUUAAUAUUAUUCAUAAGGCUGAUAAUUUGGAAGAUUACUUAGAAAACUUUUCUGAUCUUUUUAAAAAUGAGUUAGGUGUGAUAAAGGGAGAAGAAGUUAAUUUAGAACUUAUUGAUAAGGAUGUUAAGCCUGUUUUCCACAAGCCAAUUCCUAUUCCCCAUGCAUUCAAGGAGAAAGUAGAUGAGGAAUUAAGGAAGUUGGAACGGGAAGGUGUUAUUACAAAGGUUGAAAGUUCUAAAUGGGGAACUCCUUUAGUACCAGUUAUCAAAGAUAAUGGCAAAUUACGUUUAUGUGCAAAUUAUAAAAUUACAGUUAAUAAAUAUAUUAAAGAUGUUAACCAUCCUUUACCUAGAAUUGAUGAUAUUUUUAGUGCCUUACAGGGAGGUGAGAAAUUUACAAAACUUGAUUUACGCAAUGCUUUUAAUCAAUUAUUAUUAGAUAAUAGCACAGGGGAGCUAUUAGCAUGGUCUACAAGUAAGGGCAUAUUUAAACUUAACCGAUUACCUUAUGGUACUAAGCCAGCGAGCUCCAUUUUCCAAGCUAAGAUGGAAAAAAUUCUAUUAGGAGCCAAAGGUGUUGUAAAUUUUAUCGAUGAUGUUUUGGUUACAGGAUGCAAUGAUGAGGACCAUUUAAAUAAUCUCAAGGAGGUGUUAAAAAGAUUUAAAGAGGUUGGAAUAAGAUUGAAUAAGUCAAAAUGUUUAUUUUUUCAAAAUGAGAUUAAUUAUCUUGGUCACAUUAUAUCUAAAGAAGGUCUAAAGAAGGAUCCAGCUAAAUUAGAGGCCAUCAUCAAUGCUCCUGUACCCAAUAAUGUCACGGAAGUAAGGUCUUGGAUUGGUAUGGUUGGAUAUUAUUCAAAGUUUGUUCCUCAGUUAUCAGUUAAAUUAAAACCAAUGUAUGAUUUAUUACAAAAGGAUAGAAAAUUUAUAUGGACAAAAGUUUGUAAUGAUAGUUUUGAACAAGUUAAAAAAGAGAUUAUUUCUGAUAAUAUUUUAAUCCAUUUUAAUAGAGAUUUACCUUUACGAUUGUCUUGUGAUGCUUCGCAAAAUGGUAUAGGUGCUGUACUCAGUCACAUUUUGCCGGACGGUACUGACAGGCCUAUUAGUUUUAUUUCACGUGUUUAUAGCAAAGCUGAAAAAGGAUACUCAAUGAUCCAUAAGGAAGCUUUAGCAAUUUAUUGGGCAGUCCAAAAAUUUUAUCAGUACUUAGUAGGUUCCAAGUUUGAGUUACAGUCAGACCAUAAACCUUUGCAAGCUCUAUUUGGAGAACACAAGAGCCUGCCACAAAUGGCUGCAGGACGGCUCCAAAGGUGGUCCACAUUUUUAUCAGGAUUUAAUUAUACUUUUAAAUAUAUUAAAGGAAUGCAUAAUGUAAUAGCAGAUUGUAUGUCAAGAUUGCCAUUGCAAAAUAAUUCUUGUAUUAAGCAAACAAAUGAAUAUGAGUAUAUAAAUUUGGUAGCAGACCAAAAUAUUGUUAAUUUAGAUUUAGUCAGGUCAGAAACUAGGAAAGAUCCUAUUUUAAGUUCAGUAUUUAAUAUGAUACGUUAUGGAUUUCCAAAAUUUACACAAAAUAAUUCUCUUAAACCAUAUUUACAAAAGAAGAACGAACUAUAUAUUGACCAGAAUGUUAUUAUGUGGGGAUAUAGAGUUGUCAUCCCUGAGAAAUUAAGAUUACAUUUACUCAAAGAGCUUCAUUCUACACAUGAAGGGAUUGUCAAAAUGAAAUGUAACGCUAGGUCUUACUUUUGGUGGCCAGGUUUAGAUAUGCAAAUUGAAAAUUUAAUUAAAUCUUGUGAUGUAUGUAUGACAUAUCGUUCAGAACCACCAAAAGCACCAAUUAUUUCAUGGCCAAGAACUAAGGUUCCAUAUGAGCGUGUACAUGCUGAUUUUCUAGGGCCAAUAGAUAAUAAGAUGAUUUUGUUAAUAAUUGAUUCUUAUAGUAAAUGGCCUGAGGCAUUUAUUGUCAAAAGUUUAGAUUCAAAACAGACGGUUGAAAGGUUUAGGGAGUGUUUCAGCCGAUUUGGAUUACCGAAAGUUGUAGUUACCGAUAAUGCGGCAACAUUUAUUAGUAAGGAGUUUUCUGAAUUUCUUUCCAAGAACGGGAUAGUACAUGAAACUUCUCCACCCUUUCAUCCGGCUACCAAUGGCUUCGCAGAAAAUGCUGUAAAAACUUUUAAAUUUGCUCUUUUAAAAGCAUUAAAAGAUAAAAGUAAUCAUAAUACAUCUUUUGAAACAUUAAUGAAUAGAUAUUUAUUUCAUUACAGAAACUCAAUUCAUAUUGUUACUGGUGUUUCACCUUCUCAGUUGAUGUUUCAAAGGAAACUUAGAACUAGAUUAGAUUUAUUGUCCAUACCAAAUGUAAAAGCUUAUGAUAAGGGAGGAAAAAGAAAGGAAGCAUUUAAAGAAGGAGAUAUAGUUUAUUGUAGAGAUUAUAGAAACCCUAAUAAAAAGCAGUUUGUAAAGGCAAUGAUAGAUGAAGUAUUAGGAAAGAGAACAUAUUAUUGUAAAGUUUUAAAUGAAAAUUUAAUUUGGAAGCGUCACUUGGAUCAAAUUAUUAGUGCUACUCAAGAUUAUGAAAAUAUUGAAGAUACAGUAGAUAAAAGUUAUAAUGUUGAACCAAUUGAUACUUCUGAUAAGAACAGUACUGGUGGUGAGAAAAUUGUAAUUCCUCAAACCAUUUCACCACAGGGUGAACAGCCACAGAAACCUAUUAGCCCUGUAAAUUCUGAAACUGUUUUGCCUUUAGCUGAAGAAGGUAAUUCAUCUUUUAAUAGUCCCACAGUUCAACCGACUAGUGAAAUUAGUAGUCCAGGUUUAAGACGUUCCGUUAGAGUUCGUAAGGCACCCCAACGUCUCAACUUAUAAAGGGGGGGUAUUGUGAUGUAUCCAUAAAUAAUAAAAUUACUCUUGUAUUUGUUUAUGCGCCGGAACACAAGCUGGCAACAUUAAGAAAACAACUCUUCCUUCCUUUUUACCUCUUCCACGUGAGAGUACGUCUUUCCACUUAUUAAAAUUGUUAAAUUAUAUUCUCGGUCACAAAUAAACGCAGUGCAGUAUAUAA